AUGGAGAAUGCUUGUUGGCGUGGGUUUAGCUUUAUUGGAGCAUCAGAUGUCCAACCAGGAGAAAAAAGGAAAUAUACUUAUGUAGUAGAGGGUGGAGCUGUUUUAGACGGUUUUCAAAAAAUUAUUGGGCAGGGAGAACGAGGAAUGACCAUAAUUAAAAAUUUCUGUUCUGUUAACAACUCGAUAGGUUUAUGUUCCGCUGGAAUGGGUAAAAUUAUUGUUGUAGAUACACGAUUCAAAGGACAAUGCUUAAUAUAUUAUGUAAGUCUUAACAUCCUUAAUUCGUAUGGUUUAGUUCCUUUCAUACUAAAAAUUGAGAGUAAGGAGCAAUGCCUUGCUUGUUCUCGUACCUUGUAUCAUCUCAAAUCCAAGGAUUUGUCUGGAGUAGGUUCUGGAAGGUUCUGGACCGAGCCGAACCUGACCGAAGAACCGGAGAUCUUUCGGUUCGGCCUUUGGUUCGUUUCUGGAUAUCCGAACAUCUUCCAAGAAACGACUACCCUAGUCAAGAGGAGAUAA